CUAGUAACGAAGAGUAAACUACAUUCGUCGUCUCUCUUUCCUCAUUCGUGGGUGACCACAACGUUCGAACAUCGCAUUGAUUUCGGACUCUCGACAGCGCUGUGUACAGUUGACCAUGCGCAAAUUCAUCUGUGCGAAGGUCAACCACGGUGCGUCGGAGUAUCAGACCUUGCGAGCUAUUGAACGUCGUGGCGCGCUGGAUUAAAAGAGAAUGUGAUGCACGGCAGAUAGAGAACUUCGCCUGCCUGUGGAAUUUGCACUUCAACGAAGUACCGGUGCAGGUACGCACUGGCUCCAGAACGACGUCAUUGAAAUCGUCGAUGAAGACAUUCCCUGCAGAUAGGAAUUUGCGCGUUGAAUAUACUGUGAGAAUAGGAAUUCUACAGCGUCGUCGACAUCAGACGAAGCUCGGUAAUGUUACCCUGAAUGAUGACAUGUUUUUCGGCGGUAGGAACGGGAGCACGAUCGAGGUGAGGGGCAGGAGGGUGAUAAAAACGGAAGCGGGUGCAUGACAUCAAUGUCAAACAUUCGACUUUCAGCUAGUUCAUACGUCCCUCAUGAGACUUUGCCAGCAAUGAGGACCGAAGGUAGUGCCCGCUAUCCAACGGCUGGAUUUUCUUUUGAAAUUGAAUCAGUCACUUAGCAUCGGUAGGAGAGAAAGAAAAGACAACAAACGUCGACUACGGUACUAUAGCUGGAGUGUAGUCUGUUCAACUUUGAGCGUCAUCAUCUCGUGGAGCCUCAAAGGGGCUGGAGUGGGCUGCCGGGGUGCACGUAGAACAUGUCGGUAAAGUGACCCCAUGUGACCUCGCCAAGGAGAUGGCGGGGAACACUAAGAUAACCGGACGAGAUAACAGGACGAAACUGUGUAUUUCUAGAGCGUUAUACAGAUGUCUUGUUUUGAGACGAGCG